CCCCUCUCUCUCUCUCUCUAUACCUUCUUCCAUCUCUCAACAAACCGUGUAGUUAAACUUGAAUCAUAACGACUUUCCGUUGGAUCUAAAUCUCUCUCUCUAUUUCUCAAUGAACGAUCUAUUCUCAAGCUCAUUCUCUCGCUUCCGCAGCAGCGGAGGAGAACCAUCCCCUCACCACCACGCCACCACCACCGGAGGAGUUCAGAUGGCUGGAGUCAACCUCGACAAAUUCUUCGAAGACGUGGAGUCAGUUAAAGAAGAGUUAAAGGAGCUAGACCGUCUCAACGACACACUCCAAACCUCUCACGAGCAGAGCAAGACGCUACACAAUGCUCAAGCCGUUAAAGAUCUUCGCUCAAAGAUGGACGGUGACGUUGGUGUAGCUUUGAAGAAGGCUAAGAUGAUUAAGGUGAAACUUGAGGCGCUUGAUCGCUCCAAUGCUGCUAAUAGGAGCUUACCGGGUUGUGGACCUGGAUCCUCCUCGGAUCGUACUAGGACCUCUGUUCUUAAUGGUUUGAGGAAGAAGUUGAAGGACUCGAUGGAGAGUUUUAACCGCUUGAGGGAGGUUAUAUCAUCUGAGUAUAGAGAAACUGUGCAGAGGAGGUACUUUACUGUCACUGGAGAGAAUCCGGAUGAUAAAACUUUGGAUCGACUCAUCUCUACAGGAGAAAGUGAGAGGUUUUUGCAAAAAGCAAUACAAGAACAAGGAAGAGGAAGGGUCUUAGACACUAUUAACGAGAUCCAAGAAAGGCAUGAUGCGGUUAAAGACAUUGAGAAGAAUCUCAGGGAGCUUCACCAAGUGUUUCUAGACAUGGCCGUGCUGGUCGAGCACCAAGGAGCUCAGUUAGAUGACAUAGAGAGCCACGUGGGACGAGCUAGCUCCUUCAUCCGAGGAGGAACAGAGCAGCUGCAUACAGCUCGGGUGUACCAGAAGAAUACUCGUAAAUGGACAUGUUACGCUAUUAUCAUUCUCAUCAUUAUCAUAGUUGUUGUGGUUCUUGCUGUUCUUAAACCAUGGCAGGACAACGGAAGUGGUGGUGGCGGUGGCGGUGGUGGUGGUGGAGGAAGUCCUCAAGUUUCAGGUCAAGUGCCACCACCAAGUCCUCCUCAAGCAAGGCGUCUUCUGUUACGUUGAAGUGGGAUUUGUAGUUUGCAAAUAUAUUCUUUCUUUGAAAACCUUUUCAUCGAACCAGCAUUGUGUUUCUACUUACUACAGCUGAGAUUUCUUGUGAACCACCUUUUUAUUUGAUUUGUGUGGGGGUAAAUAAGAAACUUAGUAGAUUAUUUUCUGUAUCUAUGUUGGGAAUAUAUUUGUUUUUUUCUUAUAUUGUUUGUGUGGUUAACAACACAAAAUUCGUUUUAUAUUAAGUGUUGUUGUAUAGUAAGUUUUUUGUUACAAAAUAAAUAUCAUCUUAAAUUUUCAAUACACUUUAUGUCC